AUGUCUUUUGCUAUUUCUAAUCCCAUUCAGUACCGUCUCUACGCCUCCGGCACCGGAGGCAAUGGAGUAUUACAAGUUAAUAUAAGCUUUAUCCAACAAAUCAUCUCUGUUUCUCCCCUCACCGGACGUCCCCAUGAAGUCCUCCAUCAAACUCCAAGGAUUCCGUACCACAAUGCUCUCUUUUAUCUCUCCUUACGCCAACUCCAAAGUCCGUUGUUCUACAUCACUCAAAUUCUCUCCUCACUCAACAUCCGCCCUGCCGCUUCCCAAAACAUGGCUCGUCGUAUCGCUUCCCACAUCCUACAAAUGCCUGACAGAAACAGCGAGACGAAUUUCCAUAUCCUCGCUGAAGUGGAUUUCAUUCGACUGAUUUGGCUGCCAUCAAUGGGUGGAGGCGGUGCAGGGGCGGAGGAAACAGUUGUGUUGGAUGAAGCUCCGCCGGCAGUGAAGAGGGGAGUGGGGGUGGCGAGGGGAGAGAGGUUGAGAUCGGAAGAAAAGAUGGAGGAAUUGGGAGAUUGCAGCAUCUGUUUGGAUGAAUUGAGUUGUGAAAAGAGGGAGGUGAUGAGGAUUCCUUGUGGCCAUGUUUACCAUGAAUCGUGCAUCUUCAAGUGGCUUGAGAAUCACAAUUCUUGUCCUUUGUGUAGAAAGCCAUUGCACCACGACGACGACGACGAGGAGGAGUACUCAUGGUGA